CGUGAUUGGAGGCUGCUGCGUCGAGACCUCCAAGUAACGCUCUGUUCUGUUAGACGACUCGUUCGAAUUGUGGUGUCCAGAGAAGUCUUUGUCCGCGAUUCCCCACAGUAUCGUCGUGUCGCGAUGGUGGUUUGAGUGGUUUUGUGAGAAUUGUGUGUGUAAAAAUGUGUUGUGGUUCAUAAAAAGCGAGUGGUGAAUGUGUAUUUUCCCAUUGGAUAUAGGUCUUCUUCCAGUCUUUCCAAGGAAAUUGAAUGUCUUUAAAGCAAACUAGUAUUAUUGGGCCUGGUUAUUGCCUUCAAGUGGCAAAACUGUGAUAAACUUCAACGAUUGCAUUGUGCAAAGGUCCGUCAAGAAGAGGAAAAAGUGGGAAGGAAUUUCCCUGGGUCCAUAGCCGAGCUGUUAAUCAGGGAUCCAAAAUUUAAAAAAACACUGCUAGGUAUUAAUAUGGUGUUAAUGUAAGUACACACAAGUAUCAUGAUAUGAUACACUUGAACCGCUGUAUUGAAAACGAUUAUUACUUUUUACAAGCAAUGUGUGAAGAAAUGUUUCGUGGGUAA